UCCAUUAUUUUAGUUUUUGCACAAAAACGUGAGUAAGUGGGGUUAAGAUGAUGUGAAUUGUUUGGUAGUGAGUUUUAUUAGUAAGUUUAAUAUUUAUUCAAGGUAUCAAGGCAAACACAUCCAAACCGGUCGUGCAAGUGGUGUAGUUUAUAACUUUUGUAAAGCUCCUGGUUAUUUUAUUUUGAAUAUACUAUUUAGGGCGAGAUGACCAGUUCACAGACGAUACCAAGUUGGUACAAGGGUAAAAAUAUAUUUAUAACGGGGGGUACAGGAUUCGUAGGAAUAUGUCUUAUAGAAAAACUAUUACGCGUCAUUCCAGAGACGGGGGAUAUUUACCUUCUAAUGAGACCCAAGAAAGGCAAAGAAAUAUCUGAUAGAUUGGAAGAUAUUAAGAAAAAUCUUAUUUUUGAAAAAGUUUUGGAAACCCGGUCUCCUGAACAGGUGUUUUCCAAAUUAAAGGCUAUUGCAGGAGAUGUGGCUCAACCUAAUUUGGGAUUAUCGGAGGCGGAUCGAAAAAUUCUUACAGAAAAAAUAAAUGUAAUUUUCCAUUCUGCGGCAACGUUAGAUUUCGCUGAAGGUCUUAGAGAAACGGUUAAUGUAAACCUUUUGGGUACCAGAAGAGUCUUAGAGUUGGCAAAUCAAUGCAGAAAUUUAAAUGCUUAUAUACAUGUCAGCAGUGCCUAUGUUAAUAGCUAUAACUUGAAAGCUGAAGAGAUUAUAUAUCCUCUAAAAGAAGACCCCGAAGGUGUUAUAUCCCUUGUCGAAAAGAUGGAUGACGAAAAAUUGGAAAAAAUGACCCCCGACCUUUUAGGAGACCAUCCCAACACAUACACUUUCACGAAACAUAUGGCAGAACACGAAGUUAAAAAGAGUCAAACUAAAUUCUCUUGCGCCAUUGUAAGGCCGAGUAUGAUUGUUGGGGCAUGGAAAGAACCGAUACCUGGUUGGACUAUUAGUAAAAAUGGCCCUCAGGGUUUUUUGAUGGGCGCUUCGAAGGGUGUUGUAAGACGUUUGCCCGUGGGUAAAGAACUUGUUUACGACUACAUUCCGGUUGACAUUGUCGUCAACACCUUGAUUGCUGCUGGCUUUCAUGCAGGUUCAACGAAUGCGAAAGAGGUAGAGGUUUAUCAAUGUACGUCCAGUACCCGUAAUCCAUUUCGUUGGAUAGCAGUUGAUGAUAAAGUCAACGAUUAUUUGCAUAAAUAUCCUUUAAAAUCCGCUGUUUGGUAUCCUCAUCUCAAAUUCCUACCAAGUGUCACAUGGUUCAAGAUUUCGGCCUUAUUCGUACACUUCCUUCCUGCAUUCAUUCUGGACACCAUUACCAGAUUAGUAGGAGGUCGACCGAUUUUGAUGAGGUUGCACAGAAACGUAAACAGUUCACUAGAUCGCUUGGAAAAGUUCAUUUUCACGGAAUGGGAAUUCCCCGCAGAAAAGACAGAUAAAUUACACAAUUGGUUAAGCUCUGCGGAUCAACAAGCUUUUAAUUUGGACAUUUCGAGCCUCGUAUGGCCGGAUUAUUUCGAUUAUCUCACGCAAGGCGCUAGACGAUACCUUAGCAACGAAAAAAUGAGCAACAUAAGUUCUGCAAGGUCGAAAGAUACCAUAUUGCGAUUUCUUCAUUUUGGACUUCAGGUGGCUAUUUAUGCCUUAAUAUGGUACCUUGUAGCAUGCAUUACUGGGAAAAGUAUGAAAAGUGCAUCGUUCAUAGUGCCUGUCGCUUACAUACUGUUCAGCUUCCUUUAAAUUGGCAGCAAAAUAGAGUAUGUAAAUGAGACAAUUUGUUGAUCGUCGACACAAUGUACCUAUUUAGGGGUUUAUUACACCUAAUAUUUAAAACUACUGAACGUUAAGUGCUUAUUCGUGGAUGUUUAAGAGUUCUGCUCUUUUUUCUUAUACAUUUCACUAAGUAGGGUGGUUAUUUAUGAUUAUUAUUUUUAUUAAUUAUGUAUUAUAAUAGUUUA